CACCUUCUUCAGCCAAACCCCUCUUCCUUCUUUACUUCACAUUUCAAUCUUCUGCUCCUCUCCUUGUUUUUGACAAUUUUAGGAGGGGUUUGCUUUAUAGCAAAAGGCCAUGGCUAAACUUGCUGCUGCAUUCCUCUUGGCCCUCAUUGCCAUCUCCAUGCUUCAAACCAUGGUCAUGGCAUCACAUGGACAUGGAGGCCACCACUACGAUCAAAAACAUUACGGCCCUGGAAGCCUCCAGAGCUCCCAAUGCCCAACACAGUGCUCGAGGAGGUGCGGCAAGACCCAGUACCAUAAGCCAUGCAUGUUCUUCUGUCAGAAGUGCUGCAGGAAAUGCCUGUGUGUGCCCCCAGGGUAUUAUGGGAACAAAGCUGUGUGCCCUUGCUACAACAACUGGAAGACCAAGGAGGGAGGACCCAAGUGCCCUUGAAGAAUCUUCUCCCAUUUUCCACCCUUUAUGCCUAUUUCCUACUUAAUCAAGUUCCUUAAUCAUAAUUAAGCACUCGGUUGCACUACUGCUAACUAUAUAUUUAUGUUUUGUGCUUUUGGAAAUGUGCUCGAUUUUGUACCACUUUGUCACUCCAUGAGGGUACCCACCCUCUAAAUGAGAGUGGCUAAUCUUUGUUCUAUUUAUGAAUGAAGGGGUAAUUCAACAAA